GGCUGAUUGACCGCAUUGACACCCCGCCCACGGCGGGUGGGGAGUUGAGCCCAAGCCAAGUUCCACCCUUCAUCUGGAGUGCGGCUCCGUGUGGAGGAUAGUUCUGGUUAGCGGGCAAAGAAGCCGGCGGGAGUCUUUGUAGAGACUAAACUCAGCUACACGAAGAAGGUACCAGGAAGUGCAAGGACAGUAGAAGCAGAGAAUUUGCAGUCAGGAAUUUCAAACUAAACAUCACAUCAAAGUUUGACACAGUCAUUUGAUUCUUCACAAUCUGAAUAUCGUCGGCUGUGGGAAAACAUUACAGAGAUUAGUCUAGCUGGAAAAACAUCGAGAGAGAGAGAGAAGCAUACCUCCUGAGAGUGUUCCAAAGCACUGACCUGUGGAAAAAGGCUUGAACUGGUUGGGUAAGACUAUUCAUAUUUGAGACAAACCAUUGACGCGUUCAAAGUGUGGUCAAGGCUUCAACAGAUUAUGCAGUCUGGAGCGAUGCAAGAGUACUUGCACCAUGGAGAAACCAUGUAAAUGUGGGGACUGUGGGAAGGGAUUCAGUUACCCAUCCCAGCUGGAAACACAUCGUCGCAGUCACACUGGGGAGAGGCCAUUCACUUGCUCUGAAUGUGGGAAGGGCUUUGCUCUGUCGUCCAGCCUCCAGUUGCACCAGCGGGUUCACAGUGACAAGAGACCCUUUAAAUGCUCUGACUGUGGGAAUUCUUUUAAAAUAUCUGCAGACCUAAUUAAACACCAGCUUGUUCACACUGAUGAGAGACCGUUUAGCUGCUCCCACUGUGAAAAGAGAUUUAGGCAGUCAUCACACCUCAUCCAACACCGACGGGUUCACACUGGGGAGAGGCCGUUUACCUGUUCUGUGUGUGGGAAGGGAUUCACGCAUGCAUCCAAUCUUCGGACGCACCAGCGCGUCCACACAGGGGAGAGGAUAUUCACCUGCACUGUGUGUGGGAAAGGAUUCACUCAGUCCUCCAAUCUCAGGACACACCAGCGGGUUCACACUGGGGAGAGGCCGUUCACCUGCACCGUGUGUGAGAAGGGUUUCACAAAUUCAUCCCACCUUCUGACACACCAACUGGUUCACUUUGAAAAGAGGGCUUUUAAAUGCUCUGACUGUGAAAAGAGCUUUAAAAGCACAAAGGACUUGCUGAUACACCAGCGUGUUCACACUGGGGAGAGGCCAUUCACCUGCUCCAUCUGUGGGAAAGGAUUCACUCUGUCAUCUAAUCUUCAGACACACCAACGGGCUCACAGUGGAGAGAGGCCUUUCAGCUGCUCUGUGUGUGGGAAGGGAUUUAAUCGGUCAUCCAAUUUACUGAGGCACCAGAGAGUUCACACCAGAGAGAGGCCGUUCACUUGCUCUGUGUGUGAGAAGGGAUUUACUAGAUCCUCCCACCUGUUGAGACACCAGCGAGUUCACAAGUGACUGUACGGGUUGGAUCCUCCUGUAUUCGUUGCUGUUCAUCACGAGCAGGACUGCACCCUUCUCGCCCUGAGAGCCUGAAUUUGUUCCUGCUGCUUGUUACACCCCUUGUAACUGAGCUGAAGUUUAAUUCUGGAUCUUCUGAAGUUUGGAAGGAUGCACAUCAUAUGUCUGCUUCUACCUUUCAAAAACAAGAGGUUAAAUUAUGUCCUGUUACUACUAGUUUGAUUUUUAUCCUCGUGCACUCAAGAUUAUUUCGGCUGCCGUGCCUGUGGUUCUACUUGUGAACAAGUUCCUGCUCGUCAUCCUCUCUAUGCAUGGGAUCAGGGAAGGGAUUGACUACACACUCUGGAUCCCUAUACUCGAAACUGUCUGCAGGUUGCUGUCAGCUCCUGGACUGAGCAUCUCUGUUGCCAGCACCAUGGGAAUAGAGCACCACUCCUGCAAACUUUACAAGAAUUUAAAUGUCAUCCAUUCAGUAAAUGUAUUUAACAAAAGAUGAACAAGGAAACAAAUAAUCUAACUCUAGAAACACAGGACAUAUCCUUAUCUAAUUCCUAAAUGGUUGAGAUAAAUGUUUUCAAAACUUGUUUGGAAUUUAAAUCCACUUGACAAAUGUAUCUGACUUAAGUCUGUCGACUCUUUGGAUGCUGCUGUGCACUUCUGCAUUGUGAUGGGAAAUGAACAUGUCCCAGCAUAACCUUGGCAGCUGUGAAAAGCUUGUGUACUUUAGAGUCUUGCCUCCUUCCUUCCGUCUACUGCAACUGUAUUUGAAAGUGAACGUGUAAACAGAUUGUAUGUGGAGAUAUGAAGCAGGAAAACUGUUUGAGUGUGAUGUGGUGCCCCAGCCUUCUGGUCAGAGUCAGAAAGCGCUCAGGUAUCCAGAUUACUGAUGGAGCAAACAGAUUUUAAAAAUAAAAAUAGCACCAGUGUAGCCACAGUUUGUUUGGAUGGGAGGAGUUAAGAGCAUUAAGUUCAGAGCAGGAAUGUGCCACAGAGCACCUUAAGCCUUCUCCCACCAUUCAGUGAGGCAGAAGCUGAUCCAGUGCCUUGAGUCCACUGUCCAGUUGUGUCCUGUUUCUCCAUGAUCAGGUAUGUGUACUCCAUAUUUCUUUUGUAGAACAGUUGCUAAAGACAGUAAAAGACAAGCUUGUAACAAUGUUUUAAAAGACAUUUGGAUGGGUACAUGGAAGAGAAAGGUUUAGAAGGGUAUGGACUGAAUGCAGGUAAAUGUGACAAGCUCAGGCACCUAGGUUGGCAUGGAAGAGUUGGGACGAAGGGCCUGUUUCCGUGCUGCAUUACUCUAUGGCUCUAACAGACUAAUUGUACCAUCGUUUGCUGCAUCGCUGCAUCUCUGCCUCACACUUCCAUACCUGUGUCUUUUCCACACGGAGACAGAGCCAGACUCCUCCCCUGGGAUAUACCCCAAAUCGGGAAAGGUUGGGUGAAUCCAACCUUGCGCACAUUCUGGCUGAUCACAGGCCACCGUGCUCCCAUUAUCUUAGCUGUGGCUUUUCUGUUUCUGCUUGGGUAGCUGAUCAUGGCACUGCAAGUGUUUGAACCUGAGAUGAAACCAGUGCUCUUCAUCCCAUAUGCAGAGAAAUUAAACUGAAGGAAGUGGACAACCAAACUUAAUUUUAAGAUCCAAUAUGGUAAUGUGGAAUACUUAAAAUAAUAAAAUUGAUCCUGGGAGGAAGUUGAGAACAUGAGGUUUGAAGCCUAUUUCAAGAAAUUACAAAAGAUCUUGGGUAUCCACAGGGAUGAUAUUGUACAAAGCUUUAAGUCAAGUCUCCCCUUUGGCUAUUAUAAUUAGUUUUGCAAUAACAACAGCUUGCAUUCCUAUAGCAACCUUUAACCUAGGAAAACUUGAUUGAAUCGUGCAUUUUUGACACUAGGAGAAACAGGUGGAGAAGUUUUAGGAGGGGAUACCACUGCAUGCGUCCUUGAAAGUGGAAGGCAUGGCCACCAAUGGUGGAGCAAUUAAAACCUGGGGAUAUUUGGGUGGUCAGAAUGGAGCAGUGCAGAGAUCUGAAAGGGUUAUAGGGCUGGUGGGGAUAGGAAGGGGUAAAACUGUGGAGGUCUUAAAAUGUGAAUGGGAAUUUUGAAUCCAAGGUUGUGUUUCACCAGAAGACGCUGUAACUCCACAGGCACAUGAUGAUUUGAUGAGUUCAGACGCGGUGGGCAGACCUUUACUGACCUCAGAGUGCCGGGAGUUUGGCCAGAAGUGCUUUCUGGUAGUCGAGGCCAAUGAUAACAAAGGCAUGGAUGGGGUGGGGGGGCUUCAGCAGUGGAUGAGCUGAGGCAGGGAUGGAAUCAGAUGACUAAAUGGUAGAAAUCAGUGGUCUUACAGAUGGCCUGGAAAUGUUCCAGACAUCAUUUCAGAGUCACGUAUUCACUGCGUCUGAUUCGCGUUCAUUCAGUUGCCAGGGAGAGGAUGGAGGAUUUAUUAGCCAUCACAAUAUAGAGAAAGGCAAUUGUAACAUAUUCGUAAAGAGAGCUCCAUAUUAUAAUAUGUUUAGACCAGUCAAGGAGAUUGUGGCUGAUCUCUGACCUGACUCCACAUCCAUUAAUAUCUUCAGUUAUCAAAAGUCUAUUAUACAUUGAUUUAAAAAUUAAUAAUUGACCUGCCUUUUGCUGUUUGUAUUAGUGUUUCCUAACUUCAUACUGGAGAGCCUGGAUCUGACUAUAUUGUGCCCUCUAGUUCCAGAUUCCUCAACCUAUGCAUAUAGUCUUUUCUCUAUUUACCUAAUAAUUUCAAAGUCAUAUCCUGAAAGUAAAUUGUUUAUUUACCCAGAUGUAACUACAAGUCUAAUGUUGACUCUGCUGUGGUCUCUUAGAAUGCUGGCAGAAUGUUGCUUUUAUGUUACUUGCCCUAUUUUGCGUUUUCAUUUUUGAAUAUAAAAUCGCCUUCCCCACCAGUGAUUGUAAAGGAGUAUCUGAAGCUCUGAAACAAAGGUAAGAUGAGGAGCAUUAUCCCAUGGGCCCGAAUACAACAGAGUGAACAAUAGCUGGAGGUGCAAAACAUAAAAUAGGAAAUGCUGGAAAUUCUCAGUAGGUUGGGCAGGAUCUGUGGAGAGAAGCCAUGUGACCUGUCAUCACAACCGUAGAUAUCAUGUAGAUAUAUAUCCACUGAUAUAUGGGGUGAAUUCCUAGCAAGUGAACAGCUUGUUCCUGGAUGUAUAUCAGUGAGAAUUAUCCUGGUCCAUUUGUUUUAUCUAGAAUUUGGCUGUUUUUAUUUUGUUGCCCAUGUUUAGACCAAGACCGUAAUGAGGCUUGAAGUUGGUUCCAGCAGGUUUCAGAUUGGGCAGAUUCUCAGUGAGUAAGUGCUGUUUGGUAGCCACCCCUUCUCCCUCCCCCAAUCCAUAACUGCUGGGCUAAUGAUUGUCCUGAUUGGGUUUGAUAUACUAUUUUUUUGUGAACAGGAUACACUUGGACAAUUUUCCACAUCACCAGCUGCACUGGAACAGUUUGGCUAGAGAUGGGGCUGGCUCUGGAGCACAAAUUGGGAUAUUAUCAAGGCCCCUGGUCAGUUUUGUCCAGUAGCAUCUCAACAUCACGUGACGUGAAUUGAAUUGCUAAGACCCGUAAUGCUUACAGUGGAGAUCACACAAGAAGCUAAGGUACAUCUACCAGACACAUUGGCCAGUUGCAAACACUUCAGCCUUGUCUGUCUUUUGCACCCGUCUUCCCCUCGUAACUCUUUCACCUUCGCCGCGUGCACAGAGCAGCAUGCCUGGAAACCUUGUUAGAAAUUUAAAUUGGUUUUCCAAAUACUGUAUGUUUAGCAGUAACCUCGAGGCAGUGAGACCCUGUUUGGGUGCCAGUGUGCUCACUACCUGCUCUUUUCUGUCUCUAAUGGACAAUGAACAUUUAUCCCAAUGUGACAUCUGGGAGUAUGACAUGGGAGUGCAUUUUAAAGGCCCUCACUCUCUGCCAUUCCCUGCUUUUAUAGUCAAAUUGACAAACGAAUGAAUAACUAGCCUUGUACUUUUAGUAUCUAACUCUGAGUUAAAAAACAUCGUUCUGAGAUCACCAAAUCCAUUUUUAAAUAUUUUUUUUGUAUCCUGACUAUGAUGAAAGCAGAUGUGUAAACCAGAUGACUUUCAGCUGAGAUGUGAAAUAAGGAAGGGGUUUGUGUGGGCUUCUUAUAGAGCCUUGUGGCCACAGUCCCAACUAUGCAUGGGUAGAGUUGUGGCUAUGGUCUGAGUGGGGUAAAAUAGCACAUAUGGUCAACAAGUUAAAUAUUGCCAGUGUAGAUGCAGCUUGUUAGAAUGGAACUGGGGAGAAGUAUAAGAUUGCUCCAAAUCCGCUGUAUUCUCUGGGUUGGAUAACUAUAUUGUGUAUUUUUAUUGUAAAAUGAAUAAAAUCAGU